CAGCAGACACCGACACCACACUAGAUCGGGCUCGGGACACGAUGGUAGUGGCGUUAGUGUUGUGGCUGGCGGCGGCGCUAUCCGUGCUGCUCUACCUGAUCGUAAGGCGUAUGCGCUUCACCCAGGCAUUCCACUUCCCUGGGCCACGCGCCUGGCCACUCCUCGGCAACUGUCACCUCCUCUUGGGCACCCAGUCAGAUUUCUUCCGCUUAUGCAACCGCCUCGGAACGGAGAACCCUGGGGGUGUUUUCCAACUGUGGGUGGGAAUGCGACCCUUCGUAUUUCUCUACAAGAGUGACGUCAUUAAGCCGCUGGUAACGUCAUCCUCACACUUGGAGAAGAACUUUGAGUACAGUUUGACUCGACGUUGGCUUGGAAACGGACUAAUUACGAGCAAAGAUGAAGAAUGGCAGAAACAUCGUAAGAUGUUGACUUCCUGCUUCCACUUCAACAUACUGAAAGAGUUUUCACUUCCGGUUUGGAGGCACAGUCACGUGCUCUUGGAGAAGAUCAGGCAGUCAGGAAGGACUUCAGUCGACAUUGUACCAUUGGCCAAGUUGUUGGCUUUAGAUAUCAUAUGUGAGACCGCAAUGGGGAUCAAUAUAGGGACCCAAGCCAAUUCCGGUUCGGAGUACCCGUCCGCUAUAUCCAGGAUGACGGAAAUCCUGAGUCACAGGUUUAUCACGCCUUGGAUGAAGCCUGAACUGCUCUUUAACAUGACCGCCAAUGGUAGAGAGUACAACAAGCUGCUCAAGAAAGUCCAGGAGUUUGUUGAUCAAAUAAUAACAAAGAAAAAGUGCGAUCUGCGCCAAACUGUUAUUACCGCAGCUAAUCAAACUACACCGAGUAAAAUUAUCACUGAUGCGGAGAACGUGAUGAUGUUUAUCGAGAAAGAAACUUCAGAAACGCCUCCCCGAGACUUGUGCAAGGAUUGCAACCAGCCUGUGUGCAAACCAAAUGACAGCGUACGGAGUCCAAUAAGGAGGCUCGCUCUGUUGGAUUGUCUCCUGAAGAUGUCCCAGGAUGAUCCCACCUUCACUGACAAAGAUAUCACAGACCAAGUGAACACCUUCAUGUUCGCGGGCCACGAUACCAUAUCAUGUGCAGUUUCUUUUAUACUCUUUGCUUUGGGUCACCACCCUAAUUGGCAAGAUGCGAUUGUGGAAGAGUUAGAUAUCUUGUGCCCCAAUCUGCUGGAUGCGGAACCUGACUCCCGGAUGUUCCUGAAGGGGUUGCCAGUGCUGGACCGCUGUAUAAAGGAGGCCAUGAGACUCUACCCUCCCUCUCCCAUGGUGGGCAGAACCAUCAACACUCCCCUAGACACACCCGAAGGUACUCUGCCGGCAGGAACGACUGCUAUAAUUUUCACGUUCUUGUUGCACCGCGACCCCUCAGUCUUCAGCGACCCUAGCACGUUCAAUCCUGACCGCUUCCUCCCUGAGCUUCCUACCCUCGACACUUUCUCCUUCAUGCCAUUCAGCGCCGGACCCAGGAACUGUAUUGGAAAAUCACUGGCAAUAAUAGAGCUAAAACUCAUAAUGGCAAUGAUUUUGAAGAAGUUUAGGGUAAAGUCCCUGCAGGAUUCCGAAGAAUUGGACCUUUCCUUUGAGAUAGUUCUGACCAACAAGAGCGGAAUUCAUCUCCAGUUUACUCCGCGAACUUGAUUACGACGAAGGGAUCGUAAGAUGUGAAUAUCAGCCCACCGGUGAAGGAUGUCUAUGUUUGGCACAUUAUUAUAUAAAACAUGCUACAGUUUUAGGCGGGGAUAAAUCCAUCAUUGUACAGUAUUAACAUAACAGGAAUUAGAAGUUAUACGUUUAGCUCUCUAUUAUUAAGUGAUAUUAUUAAAUAUGUUAAAUAAGGGUUAUGUACUGUAGUAAAUUGAGGCUGUGAUAAUAAAUAUUUAUAUUAAAUACGUUAAUGUAGGAUGAUUGUAGAAUCAAUUAAAAGCACGCAAUUACAAAGCUUUUGAUACUAUCACUUUCCUUACGUCAGGUGUUAUUAUAAUGUAACUCGAUGUAUUGAAAAAUAUAAUAAAGAAUAACAGUAAAA